CGGCUGUGCCCCCAACAGUCCAAGAGUUGCUCACGAACUUCACGCCGGCAACGAUCGCAUCGGUGGCACACACCGACGCUCUAUAUGCGACGUCGUCUUUUUAUCCUGACGGGACGCAAACUUUAUAUCGCUCCAUCGUUCGCACACCGGCGUUUCGCACUUUCUCGUGAGAGCGUCGUCCCGUCGCAUCGUCGCACAACCGUCGCCGUUGCAGCCGCGUGCCCCAUCGUGUUUCGACAACAUGCGUACUCUGAUCUUGCUUGCGCUGGUCGCAGCGGCCCAGUGCCAGGAGUACUUCCGCCAGCCUGAGAAGAUCGUGACCGAGAACAGGGACCUGGGCGACAACCGUGGCCACUAUUCGUUCACGUACGAGACGGAAGGCGGUAUUGUGCAAAGGGAGACCGGCAGUCGGAAGUACGCCGGCACGCCGGAAGAGACCCAGUUGAUCCAAGGUUCCGUGCAGUACAACGCUCCGGACGGCACGCCGAUCGCGAUCAGCUGGACCGCCGACGAAUUCGGCACCCAAGUGGCCGGCACUCACGUACCGACACCGCCGCCGAUACCACCGGCAAUUCAAAGGGCCCUCGAAUGGAUCGCGAAACAACCCUCCACCCCGGAGCCGAAGGAAACCGGCAAAGACUCGCCGAGCCAACAGAAUGCUGUCCCGACGAACAACAACAGGCAGUUCAAAUCGUUGCGGCCGAACCAACGAAACUGAGAUCGUAGACAUUGACCCCUUGCCUCACGAUUUAAUCUUGUGACGGCGCGUGUUCAAGCUAGAGACUAAAUUACUUGCGCGCUAGAACGAUUCACGACACGGCCGUAAAGUAAAUGUCCACGUUAGUGACCAUGUUCUUAUCACCUGUCGGAUACACCGCUAUCAGAAAUAUUUAGCACGCAUCGCAAGCCAGUCGUCGUAAGUUCCUAGGCAUAAAAGUUAAGGUAAUUAACAGUGAACGUACCGAGGUCUAAAGUGACUGCAUUCCCUUACAAGAAUUACAAGACUGAAUUCAUUUUAAUUAAUUUCGUACAAUUUUUAUAAUAGCGUGCGUUUAAACGAAGAAAUACACUAAAGAAUUUCCAAUGGAAGAAGCUUUAUGAUUUUUAUGAUUUUAAUAUUUAUAGAGUAAAAAAUGUGGAAUCGGUCAUUUGACCAGUGAUGGUACGUUCAGCGUUAUGUCGUAAGAAAUACGUGUUGUUUAUUAACAGAUAAAAUACUGCUUUGUCAGCUGAAGUUUUUGAUCAUACAGAAUUUGUUCAAUUGAGUGGAAAGACUAGGGCUACGCUGAUUGGCUUCUCAGCGCUUCAAAUAGACAUUUUAAAUUGAAGGAUUUCAGCACUUAACUCACUUACUGCUGAUUUUGAGUUGAUCCUCGUGGUUAGAAACACUUUUAGGCUACGUUACUUGAACGAAAUUUACACAGAUAUUAAUGAGUAAACUGGGGAUUUUUAUGCUUCUGUAGAAAGCUUCAGAAAGUAUAAGACAGCCUCAGAAUAUCGUUAUUAUUAUUUUUUAAUAUCUUUUACUUAAUUACUAAAGCUAUUUAAAUUUGACAACCAAAAUUUUGCCUAAUGUUUUUCAUUCUUAUACAAAUUGAUUUUGAAAUUGAAUCUUGGUUAUAAAAUACAGUGAUCUGAUUAGAAAAAGACUAUGUGUUUCAUGCGUGAUUUGAGAGUUUCAUCAUCAGCAAAAGUGAAUCGAUACAGACGACAGCAGAUUACAAUUUUGAUUACGAAUCAAUUUCAAAAAUUUAUUUUCAAAUUUAACUGAGUUUAAAACGCCAAUGCUGUUGGUGAUUAAUAUAUGGUGAUAAUAUUCGUAUAUCUGAAUGCAUAUCACAAAACAAGAGUGUAUUCUUAUUUAAAUGGACAUUUACUUUAUGUUUGGUUUUUACCUGUUAAUUGCAAGAAACUACAGCGAUGCUUUUAUGAAACGGAACACGUUAUUUCCUUUUAUAAAUACAUAUUUGUACAUAAACUUUAUAUAAUAAUAGAAUAAACAAAAAUGUGAUAGAAACGUAGGCCUUUCUAGUGCUUGCAGAUACAAUUUCGUUAACGAUUCGUAAUAUAACAUAGUAAAUGAUAUAGUAGCAAAAUCAUUUAUAAUUUUUCGCAAGGAUGUUUACUUGAGGAGAGAGUCUUCUAUACGUAUAAUCGCUACAUGAAUUGUAGAUCUUUAUGCAAUUUCUCACUGCCACACGUUAUUUUUUAGAGCCUGAAUUAGAGAAAAGCUUCCUUCUCUGAUUAGAUGACUCAUUGUAGGGAAAAUUAAAUAUUAAAUGUUAUUAUUUGUUAAUAAUACAAAUGUUAUCUUGUAUUUUCUAAAGCUCAUGCCAUAAAUAUGCGUAGCCUAGUGUCGACAUUUUUAUAAUCCGAGUUUGUAUUAAAUCUGCUAUAACAAUUUAUAGAUAUAUAUCAAAAAUAGCUACCAUAUUUUGUGCUCAUUUUUCUUUUGAGAUGGUAAAAAAAAUGCAUAAAACAUCGAGUGCAGUACGUAGUAACGAGUAAAUAAUUACGCUCGCCCGUAGUCAAGACUGAAAAUAACUGCGGCUAAAUAGAAAUACGUUUAUUAUAAACGAACCAUGUCUUUGUUUCUUUUGGCCUUCGCUAUGUAUAACUGCCACGAGUUUAACACUAUAUUAUAAGGCAAGGGGUUUAAUGACGUACUAUAACUUCAAACGAAUUUGUAUUCUCGUAGAAAAUUUCAUCGAGUCGAAUCGAAUCGCAUUCAUCGAACAUUGUCACGCGCUGUAGUUUCGAUUUCGCUAGUGAAUUUCGCUUGUGUCUUCGUCGGCUGAUCAGUUGUGAUCUCAUGUAUAAAUGUAGAAAGUUAAUCGGAUCUUACGAAUCGCGUUCAUUGAUGCAUCGAAAUAUAGAAAAUGUGGAAAGGAAUUCAUUCUUUUUCGUAGGCAAUUAUGAAAGUACUUGAAAACGAACAUUUCCAUUUUGUAUAGUGAUAUUUGUAUUAUACGGUGUUCGAGGAACGAUAAAUAAAUAUACUACCCGUA